CUUCCAGAGGGGACGGUUUGUGUACGAGCAAAUAAGGGCGGUGUUGUCCAAACCUGAAAUUGUGAGGAAAGUCCCUGUUUACGCACUUGGACCGGGACUGCAAGAUAACGCUCUUCUGAACUGACGCUGUGAGCGGUCUAAGCCUGCUUUAAUGCUUUCCACCGGUGUCAGGGAUUUCAUUAGGUCUCUGUACGGAAAACCCAAUGCUACAAAGACUCUCAGGCUUUUCACAAGCACACUGGGAGAUUCCUGCUGGUCUUUUGUUAUGAUGAAGGCCUCAACAUCAAUGGCAGCAGAACAAUUAUCAAAGUUUCAGUCAGUUUUCCUUGUCUCAUAUUGUAACUCAGAUUCAGACAAGUUUUGAAGGCUGCCAUGACUCAGCCAGGAAUCUCACAUUAACGGUUGAAUCUAAACUGGAGCCAAAGUUUGGAGGAGUCAUGAUGUUUGUAAACAUGCGUAGAAUCAGAAAAUGCAAAGUUCUACGAAUAACAUUAAUGUGCUUGGCUACCUCAAUGAUCAUGAUAUACUGGGAACAGCUUGACAAUAAAAUUGUGACCCAUGUCAAGUCCUUCAUGUACCGCUACCUUCCUAAUAGCUUCAAGUUCAUUAAUGCAAGCUUUACAAUCAGUCCUAAAGAGGCUAUCAAGUUCAGCAAUCAUAGAUACAUCAUAAACCAACAAAGAAAAUGUGUUAAAAGAGACAUACUGCUCUUGCUAUUUGUGAAAAGCUCCACUGAGAACUUUGGGAGAAGGCAGGCAAUUCGUUCUACUUGGGGAAAUGAGGCAUACAUUGAAAGGACGCUGGGUGUUACGGUAAAGGUGUUGUUUGCUGUCGGCCUUCAUCCUGAACCACAGCAGAGAAGAAAACUUCAGCUGCAGUUGUUCUUUGAGGACCAAAUAUAUCAUGACCUCAUCCAGCAGGACUUUAUAGACUCUUUCCACAAUCUUACUCUCAAGCUUCUUUUGCAGCUUGGCUGGAAAGAAACCUUCUGCCACCAUGCGCAGUUCCUCAUGUCUGCGGACGAUGACGUCUUUGUCCACAUUCCCAACUUAAUUCAUUAUUUGCAAGGGAUUGCCCGCAGUAACGUCGAAGACCUUUGGAUAGGAAGGGUGCACCGUGGAUCCCCACCGGAGAGAGACAAAGAGAGCAAGUACUAUGUGUCCCGAGAUAUGUACCCAUGGUUGUCUUACCCAGAUUACACCCCUGGGUCUGGGUAUGUCCUCUCCAAAAGUGUGGCUACAAAAAUCUAUCAGGCUUCUCUCACCUUAAAUGCUUCCCUUCACAUUGAUGACGUCUUCCUUGGUAUCUGUGCCAAAAUGUUGGGCAUCUCUCCCAAGAAUCAUUUGUUCUUCUCAGGGGAGGGAAAAGCCCCUUAUCACCGUUGUAUCUACAACCAGAUGAUGACUUCACAUGGACAUGUAAGGGACAUCCAUGAAUUGUGGAAGCUUGCAACAGAACCUGAUGUUGGUCAAAUGUCCUCAGGUCUGUUUUGGAAGCUCUACUGCACCAUGGUGAAAGUGAGGCUCCUGUGUACACCUUUUUCUUCAGUCUCAUAUCCAUGCAUGGCAGCUUUUUGGACAUGACAAUUUAGUGAAACUUAAAGGAACCCUUUGUGUUCUACUCUUAAUUUAUUGUACUGUAUAUGUAUCCUCAAAUUCUUGGUCAUAUUUUACUCCAAAAACUCCAAAAUCAAAAAUUGUGACAUUAUUUUUAUGUCAGUUGCAAACAUUUUAACCCCCAAUUCUCAUUACCGCAACAUGAACAAAGAUGAUUGUUAUGAAAUUCCCAUUACCGCAAUGUAAAAAAAAAAAAAAAGAUACAUUAAACUAUGUCAAAGUAGUAUUCCCUUGGUUACUGCCUUACAUUUUUUGCAGAUUUCAAUAAAAAAUAAAAUAAAAAUAAAUAAAAAAAAAAACAUUGUACAACAUCUUUUUUUUAAAUUGCAAUAUAGUAAAACAUUUUUUUUACAGAAAUUAGAAUAAUCAUUUAAAACAAUGGGAACAGUAAAAGUAAAACAUCCGAAUGUGUUACAAUGAGAAUUACAAUCCAAUUACAAUGAUAAUUGGGGUAAAGUGUGCUUAAAGGGAUAGUUCACCCAAAAUGUAAAUUCUCUCAACAUGUACUCACCCUCAUGCAAUCCCAGAUGUGUAUGACUUUCUUCAGCAGAACACACACACACACACGAUUUUUAGAAGAAUAUCUCAGCUCUGUAGGUCUAUACAGUG